AUGCAGACUCCCCCAGGAACAACUACUGAGUGCUGUGUCAUGAGGCUGCAGGAAAAGUGUCACGCACCCAGCUGGAGGCAACCCCAGCCCCCUUUCUUCCUAGUAGGUGUUCGGGGCUUGGAGGAAACUCAGCACUGGAUAGCAUUGCCUCGGGUCCUUUACCUCCUUGCUCUAGUGGGCAAUGUGACAAUUAUCUUCAUCAUCUGGACUGUCAUCCUGCACCAACCUAUGUACCUCUUCCUGGCCAUGCUCGCUGCUAUUGAUCUGGUCCUGGCCUCCUCCACUGCGCCUAAAGCUCUCACCGUGCUUCUGGCUCACGCCCAUGAGAUUGGGUACAUUGUCUGCCUGACUCAGAUGUUUUUCAUUCAUGCUUUCUCCUCGAUGGAGUCAGGCAUACUUGUGGCCAUGGCUCUGGAUCGCUAUGUCGCCAUCUGCCACCCUCUGCAUCAUUCUACCAUCCUGCAUCCGGGGAUUAUUGGGCGCAUCGGGAUGGUGGUGCUGGUGCGGGGAUUGGUCCUCCUUGUCCCAUUCCCCAUCCUGUUGCAGAAAGUUGUCUUCUGCAGAGCCACUGUCAUAAGCCAUGCCUAUUGUGAACAUAUGGCUGUGGUAAAACUUGCCUGUUCGGAAACCACGGUGAAUCGAGCUUAUGGGCUGUCAGUGGCCCUGCUGGUGGUUGGGCUAGAUGUCCUGGCCAUUGGCAUUUCCUAUGCCCUCAUCCUCCAGGCAGUGCUGAAGGUUCCAGGGGGUGAAGCCAGACUUAAGGCCUUCAGCACAUGUGGAUCUCAUGUUUGUGUUAUUCUCAUCUUCUAUGUCCCUGGAAUGUUCUCCUUCCUCACUCACCGCUUUGGCCACCAUGUUCCCCAUCAUGUCCACGUUCUGCUGGCCACUCUCUAUCUCCUUGUGCCACCUGCCCUCAAUCCUCUUGUUUAUGGGGUGAAGACGCGACAGAUCCGCCAGCGAGUGCUCAGGGUGUUCUACACAAAAGCAUCGAUUUGA